AUGCUUUCCACCAUCGACUCUGUUGUCGAUGUAAGCGAGGAUACUUUGGGUGUCUGCUUCGCUUUAUGGGAUGCAGUCUCCAGUAUCAACGACAGAGGACUCGGCAUGAUCGUCAUCUACACCGUGUACAAUCUUGAGGUGACUAUUCAGUGGAGCGAGGUCAAGGAAGAGCGAGGUAGAGAAGCAUAA